UUAUUAYGGGUAGCUUCACACAGGCCAGGGGCACCAGGGACCCAAUGGGCGCUGAAAUACAUUUUAUACAGUGAGUAAGUAGUAAGCUAGCUAUAUUUUCUUCACAAAUCCCGGGAGYGGAACCUUUUGCACCAAGAAACACAGAGAUAAAGGUCCAGGACAAAAGCUGCAGGAAUGUCCAAAGUCAGUGUUGAGGCUGAGUCCAGGAAGGCUCCAGCCCAGGACAUGCAAGUGGGUUCAUCUAUGGAGGCUGAGAAUACUGAGGACUUUCGAAGCGAGAGCAAGGAGGAUGCUCACAGCUUUGAUUGUACUGACUAUGUACUGAACAAUGAUGAAAUUCCUCAUGAUGACAGAGCUGAAAACGACAGUGAUGUUCAAAAUGACAACAAUAAUGCUGACGACAGCGAUGGCGCUCAAAAYGAUCAUGUUCAGAGCGACAAUGAAAUUACGCAAAACAGUGUGAAUGCUGAGCAUGAUGAUGAUGAUCCAAACACUAGUGGCAAUGCACAUUCUGACAAUGCCGGUGCUAAAAGGGAAAACUGCCAUACAGUGACUACUGAUAAUGAUACACCAAAGGAACAAAAGAAAAAUGAAGAUACUCAUACAAAGGACAGCACUAUGGAUGAGGAGGUCCACAGGAGCCCUGCGGCAGAGAUWUCGGUCACCAGCAAUGGAGACUUGGAGGAGAGCCACGAGGAUGUGUUCAGGGACCCUUCUUACGGUGACCUGAACCUGUCAGAAAGCCACAUCAGCUCCGGCAACUUUGCCUCAAUGACAGAGGGCAUCAUUGAAUCAGGACCAUACAAAGGCACUAUGCAAGGGCAGCCACAUAGCGGGCCGGUGGUCCUGGCAGAUGACCUGAAGAACCCGGCCAUGGAGAAACUGGACCUAGUGAGGAAGUGGAGCAUCAACACAUACAAAUGCACCAGGCAGAUCUUGUCGGAGAAACUGGGCCGCGGCUCACGGACGGUGGACCUGGAGCUGGAGGGGCAGAUYGAAGUGCUGCGCGACAACAAGCUCAAGUACGAGCACGUGGUCAAGCUGACCCAGACUCUGGCCAACCAGCUCACCCAGAUGAUGCAGACUCAGCGGCAGCUGGGCGACGCUUUCGCUGACCUCGGCCUCAAGUCGCCGGAGCUCCAUGAGGAGUUUGGCUACAAUGCUGACACUCUCAAACUUUUGUCCAAAAAUGGGGAGAGCCUACUGGGAGCAAUCAACUUCUUCAUUGCGAGUGUGAACACACUGGUGGACAAAACAAUUGAGGACACUAUGAUUAACAUCAAACAGUAUGAAAUUGCCAGGGUUGAGUUCGACGCGUACCGCACAGACCUGGAGGAAUUGAACCUGGGCCUGCGGGAUGCCACCACGCUGCCCAAGAUAGAACACUCCCAGCAACAGUUCCAGAUCCACCGCGAGAAGUACGAGAAGAUGCGCAACGACGUCUCCGUCAAGCUCAAAUUCCUGGAAGAGAAUAAGGUGAAAGUGUUGCACAACCAGCUGAUCCUCUUCCACAAUGCCAUCGCGGCAUACUAUGCAGGAAACCAGCAGCAGCUGGAUCAGACGCUCAAGCAGUUCCACAUCAAGUUGAAAAUGCCYGGCGGGGAUACACCAUCUUGGCUGGAGGAGCACUAAUCAACCGACCCACCCCUCCCAAAAAAUCCACUGUGGUUUGGUCUGGAGAGGCUCCAGAAUUAUUGUGAAACGGGAAACGCUCUCCGCUCCCUGUCUGCCUCUGUUCCUCCCACUUUUCUUCAGGAUUGUAAAAGGUUUUUAGGCAAAGCAACACUAAGACAAAGAAUUAAUUAAAAAACAAAAAUAUUUGUCAAUCUCUUGGUUGAUAAACUGUAAGUUCUGUUUUCUACUAUGCUCUUGUUCUUCCUGUACAAGGAAAUCCAUUGAMCUUUGUUCUAAUCGUGAAGUGGCAAUCUCUCUUUUUCUCUCGUUCCCUUCUUUUUUACUUGGAACUGUUGCAGUUCUUUUCGAAUCAUKGGAAAUUCACUUUUUGGGGUUGAUUUGACAAAUCUAGUGAGAAGCACGGAGAUGUUAAAUACAUUUUGAAAAGUGUAUGGACUUUUUACUCCAGCUUAUUAAUGUUGUAGAUCGAUACCGCAGAGACAUUUUGGAAUAAAAUGGCCGUCKUCUAUUUGGCUCUGCAUCCAGUUGGAUAAUUUAUCUCCACUUUUUGUAAAAGUCUGGCCACCCAUUGAUGAAGUAACACUAAUGAUAGGCAUCAUUACAUUUACAUGAUGUAUCAUAAGCUUGAUGUGACACCUGUUAUACCCAGUGUAUGACUGUAGGAAAUGGAUUACCGCCACCUUGGAAUUCGAUACAGUAGAUUAGAUGGUUGGUUUUCACUGUUUGUCAUUGUACUGUAAUGAAUAGCGCCGCUGAGCAUUUUAUAACGCGCGUCAAUGUCAUGUUUACGGUGCUAUUAUGUUGCAGUAAUGAUGUUCAAGUAGUGUUAACCAUUUGUGUUUGUAUUUGACUUUAAUCAUGGGUAUAUGAUGGACAAUAUUAAUUAUURAAUWGAAWUUUUUUGUAAUUCCAGAGAAAUUGAAGGACCAGCCUUACCACGUGAACUUGAUGUGCCUUGUUUUAUGUCUGUACAACUCUCUCGCUCUGUCUGGUGUUUCAGCUAAACACAGACCCCUCACACUGCCAGCUUCAGGACCACAUAGCAGUAGAUGGAUAAAKAAUGGACCAAACAUACCUACAUUACAUACACUCCAAACCAACAUAAACCACUCAAUUGUCCUAUUUCACUAUUACCUCRCCGUGUGAGUAGAAUCCUUUUUGCCGCAUUUGAGAAGCGGGGUAAAUACGAGUAAACAGCUAGCGAUUUAGCUGCUAAUUAAAGAAUGAGACUUAUCUGCUUUAAAACUAACCUAUAUGCUAAACGAGAACAUAAAUGUUUGCAUUUUGGAAUCAGAAGUUCACUCUUGGCAUUGUACAACGACAAUCUCUAUGCUAGUUAUAGUGAAAUAGGGUGAUUCCCUUGACUUUCCAAUUGCAGUCACUUUUUUUAAAACGUUAUCCUCCUCUCAAGUAUAUAAUAUCGCACAUUUAUGUACUAUGAGACAACAACAAAAAACACUUGUGUGUGAACUGUGUAUAUGAGAUGAAACCUAAAUGAAAGUGGACUUGAAAAAUGUUUUGUACAUAGGAAAGACCAGCAUCCUUUUCCUAAGCUUGUAACCUUUUGAAUAGUUAUUUUCUGAAUACUAUAGUUAUUUCCUUCGAAAGGACCACAGUUAUUCUAGCCAGCUGUCUCGUCCCUGCGGGCAAAAUAUGGCAUGGGAUUUCAUAAUGACCUCAUAUUCUGGUUGUUGAAAUGUUAGAUAGCCAGAUGACAACCAGGUGAAGACCUCUUUUUCAUGACGCCAUAUUUUGGUUAUCUGGUCAAAUUAUAUCUAAACACCUUCCCUUUAGAACCUGACCAUAAUGUUCACAAAAGACAUCAUAAUGACGUUAUUGCAACCACUUUUGCCCACUGGGGUUCCUGUCUUCUACUUGUACCUACAGUACUGUUCCUGCUGUACAACAGCAUGUGUGUAUUGUACAUCAAUCUGUUGUUCAAUGACAUGAUGUAAGCAUAGAUAAAUAUAUAUAUUUGUWAUUUCCUCUUUUACCUUAGAUAUAUUAUAGGGUAUAUGAAUGAAGCCAUGGGGCAUUUUUCUCAUGCUGAUUUAACAGGUKUUGAGUUCAAAAACAGGUUUCUGAAUGUUGUGCAAUGUCUUUUGGGGKAAAAAAUAAUAAAAUGUUUUCUUCAUAAA